UUUCACAGACUUUUAGACCAUCUGUAUUUUCUACGAAUUGAAUGGAUUAGUACAUUGUCCUAAUCACCUGGUUUACCAGUUAAUGAAUUCUUACUGCGCUCUCUCGUUGCCAAACUGAUGCCCGCGAGUACGAAAACAUACUGUUCCCGCAACUAUCGCAUGUAAUAACAAGGGCGAUACAAAUUUAAGGUUUUCGUUUCAUCCAAGGAUACAUUGUAAAUUCUCUUGGAGAAUACCAGCUGCCUGUACGUUGUAUGUGCGGUAAUAGUAUGUCAGUGCCCUUGCCUGCUAUUGUACCUGCCGCUCGGAAAGCCACUGCAGCGGUGAUAUUUCUUCAUGGCCUAGGUGACACUGGCCAUGGCUGGGCAGAGGCCUUUGCUGGGAUCCGGACACCACAUGUGAAAUACAUCUGUCCUCACGCUCCAAUCAAGCCUGUUACAUUAAACAUGGGGAUGUCCAUGCCCUCCUGGUUUGACAUCAUCGGAUUGCAAACAGAUGCAGAGGAAGACGAAGCUGGUAUUAAACAGGCUUCAGAGAAUAUUAAAGCACUGAUAGAUCAAGAAGUGAAGAAUGGAAUACCAUCACACAGAAUUGUUCUUGGUGGAUUUUCUCAGGGUGGAGCGUUGUCUCUGUACACAGCUCUCACAACCCAACAGAAGCUGGGGGGAGUGGUUGCCCUCAGCUGCUGGCUCCCUCUACGGAAUUCCUUCCCCCAGGCAUCGAGAAACUCUGCCAACAAUGAGAUGCAUGUCCUGCAGUGCCAUGGCGAGGCGGACCCUCUGGUGCCCGUAAUGUUUGGAUGUCUCACUGUAGAGAAGCUAAAGACCCUCUGCAAUCCAUCCAACAUCAUCUUCAAGACCUAUCCCAGAAUGCCACACAGUGCCUGCCCUGAGGAAAUGAUGGAUAUCAAGCAGUUUAUUGAAAAGCAGCUUCCUCCAAUCUAACAGUUAGACCCACACACCCACCACCAUCAGAGCUCAUCGAAGGUGACACCUGUGACGCUCCAUAGACUGUCUGAACCACAGACCUCACUCAAUAGAACCUGCUAACUCUGGCUGUCAGAGACAGAGUCCGAGACAGGCCCUAGGGCUAGAGACAAGCUGGGGUGAGGGACAUCAUAACUAAAACUAUUGUAUUUUCUGCUGGAGCCAGGUGGAAUCCUCAGUAUUUGAAUCGUUAAUGUUGUCAGUUGCCAGUAGUGUAGCUGUUUGCUAUUGGGAUGCCAUCUUUCCCAGGGAAUACAUGUGUUGGGAGUAUCUUAGAUUGUAUGGUUUGAAAAUAUGAUUCUUAAUAUGUUGAUUUGUAACAAAUAACUUAAUGAAUGUAUAAAAGCCUGAUAUAAUGCAAGAGUAAAAUAAGAAUAUGGCAUAAAAGUAUUGUGCUUUCAUAGAUUUGUAAGAAUUGGAAGCAAUGUUCUGUCAAUUCAAUACACAAAUACCAUAUAUGAA